UUGGCAACAAGCAAACAAAUUGUACCCACGUCCUCACUGGUCGUCGCAUGACAUGAAUGACAACGUUGAAGCAAUCGAUCCAUCUCUCAACUACGCCGGCCACCAUGACAAGCACCACCAAUGCCGUGUCAACCUCUGACUCGCUGUUCAAGAAGGAUCUCAGGGCCUUACUUGACAAGGGGAAGCUCACAGAUGUGGUGAAGAACAAGAUCCUGUCCAUCGCAGACAACACAUGCGGCGACACGGCAGAUUUCAUUGGCCUCCGCCUCGGGGUCCAUGGCGCAAAGUGCGUGGCCGAGGCCAUGAAGGCCAACGCAUCCGUCACCAAGCUCUACAUGAGCAUGAGCUCCAUCGGCGAUCAAGGGGUCAAGGCGAUUGCAAAGGUUCUGCAGACAAACAAGACCGUCCAGAAACUCGGGCUGUGGGGGAAUCGCAUCUCAGAUGACGCUGCAGGCGAUUUGGUCCGAAUGCUCUCCAGCAACCACACUCUUCAAUCCGUCAACCUGAAGCAGAACAACCUGACAGGUCAAGGUGUCGCCAUGCUUGCGGACGCCCUCCGAACGUCACCACUCGAGGCUCUCGUGUUGGAGAACAACUCGGUCGGUGCUGCCGGUGCCCUGGCGCUGGCCGACAUGCUGCGCUCCAACACCGCCCUCAAGCUGCUCGACCUGUCCAAGUGCAAACUCAACGCCAAAAGCGGCGCGGAACUGGCAAAGGCGUUGAAGGAAAACUCAACGCUGGAGACUCUUCGGCUUCGAGUGAAUGGACGCAAAGUGGCGCAGGCGUUUGCUGCGCAUCUCCCGCCAGACCGCAACAUCCAACUCAGCUGGUCUGACCGCGAGCAGGAAGCAUUUCAGCGGCGCUUCAACAACGCCGAGCCCGGGAUUGCUGAUGCCGAUGACGACGAAGACGAACAGGAGCAGGACGCAACGCUUCGCUACUUCAGUGAAGUGAAGGCGAUGAUGCGUACCAUCGCGGAGAGAGGAGACAUGCAGAUGGCGGCACGGGCCAAGCUCAUGCUUGUGGGCGAGGGCCGAGCAGGCAAGACGACGACGCUGCAAUCGCUGAUGGAGCAAGACUUCAACAAGAGCCAGCACUCCACCCUUGGUGCCGCGAGCCAGGACAUGGCUGUCACCCUCGACGCGAUGGAGAUUUGCCAGUGGAAGGCGGUGACGGCGAACAUCUCAGAGGCGGCGCGGAGUCUGAGAGACACGGCGCUCGCACAGCGGCUGCACGCGCACAAGCAACGGCUGAAGAGGGAAGCGCGCGAUGAAGAUGGCAGAGCUGAUGCAGGGCAUGAAGGCACAGAUGAGGGUGGCGAUGAUGGCAGUGAAGUGUGUGGUGGUCUGGGUUUGUUGCAUGCAGAUAACGACGCGGCAGUUGGUGCAUCCACCGCGAGUGCGCACGUGAAGCAAGGUGACUCAACUCGCCCGUUGUCUGACAAACACAAUAGCGAUGGUGGUGGUGAGCAAGCGGAAGGAACAACGGGUGCUGUUGCGCAAGCUGUGGUGGACGAAGAGUUGGAGAAGGCGAUCAAAGACCUCAAUUUGGACGCGACCAUCGGUGAAGAAAACGCGCGGGUCACGUUCAAAGUAUUUGACCUGGGCGGCCAGUCCACCUUCUACAUCUUCCACCCUUUCUUCCUCACAGAGUACGCGGUGUACCUGCUGGUGUUUUCCAUGGAGGACCUGCUGCACCAAGACGAGAGCAAGCGAGAUGAGACGUGGGAGUUUAUGGAGCACUGGCUCUCCUCCCUUCACCUCCACGCCAAGGGCGCACCCGUCCUCAUCGUUGGCACCUUUGCUGAUGUGGUCAGCCAGCGGAAACAGCAUGAGGCCAUCUCCCGUGACAUCUACAGCCGCCUGCGGCACAACCCCGCUUUCCCUGGCGUCGUCCACAACGACAAGCAUGGUCUGUGGUUCUGGCCCGUCGACAACACCAAGUCCAUCCGUGAUCCCAUGAUCCAGGACCUGCGCCAGACGAUCUCCUCCACAGCACUGGCGCAGGAGUACGUGAACCAGGAAGUGGCUGUCCCCUACCUCCAUCUCUACGACAAACUGAUGGCACUGAGCAAGGACGACAAACGGCCGCUGCUGACGUUUGACGAGGUGGUGGACAUUGCGUGCACGUGUGGGCUGCGCACGCGUGACGAGACACGGGCCUGCCUCCAGUUCCUGCACCUGUAUUCCAUGGUCCUGUACUACGACCACGUGCCAGGCAUGGAAGAUUAUGUGAUCCUGAGCCCGCAGUGGGCGGUGGACACGAUGACGCGCGUCAUCCGCAACUUCGACCUGCAUCACGACGUGCGGGAUAGCGAGGCGAGGGCCGUUGGUGCGCAGCUGUGGGACGACCUCGUUGACUGUGGCAUUCUGCACCGCCGCCUGCUGGACGUGCUGUGGAACGACGUGCACAGCAACUUGGUGAUGCCGUUCCUGCGCCUCAUGAUGCAGUACGGGCUGUGCAUUGAGUAUUCUCCACCCAAGCUGGUGGGUGGCGACACUACAGCGAGUAGCGGCCAUGCCGGCCACGGUGCAGCAGUAGACAACGCCAGUGUCAAAACCGACACAACAGAGCAAGAACAGCAGUACCUGGUCCCUGCCAUCCUGCCGAUGACGAUUUGUCACAAUACCAGCACCAUGGCAUCCGUGUCGCUGAGCACAACAGCAGCACAGCAGGCCAACCCAUACGCUGGACACGAGGAGAAGACGGCCUACGUGGCUUUCAGCCUGAAGCAGUUCAAGAAGGCUGCGAGCGUGCAAGUUGCUGGAAUCAAGCACGCGACCUUCCUGCCCGAAGGACUGUUCACGGUGGUGCUGGCCCACGUGAUGGCGCAUGCGCAGCACGGCGCAUCUCAGGCGCCCAAGCUGAGCCGCACCCACGCUGUUUGCUUCAUGGAGUCGACUAAGCUUGAGCUGCAGCUUGUGCCGGCUGUUGGCGGCAUCAAAAUGAAGAUCACGAGCGCGCAGCCGCGCGCCAUGCUGCACAUGCUGCAUAGCACAGUGCGCCAAGCCGUUCACCGGCGCUACCCCGAGCUGAAGAGCAGCCUGUUGGUGCCAUUUGACGACAAGACGCUGCUGUUCUUUGAGGAUGUGCUGCACCACCACAAGAGCAAGCAGGACAUGUGGGUGGACGAACAGCUGCUGUCGCUCGAUGAUCUGGUCGCCAAGUACGGCUCUCUCUUGCCCGUUCUCGGUCUGCAGGACAAGUACGACGUCUUCAUCAGCUACAGGCAACGCGCCAACAGCGGGCUGGUGAUGGCGCUGCAUCCCUUGUUGGAGCAGCGCAACCUGGUCGCGUUCCUGGAUGCCAACAACCUGGAGACGGGCCUCAACUUUAAGCUGUCGUUCAUGACGGCGAUUGGGCUGAGCCUGGUGGCCUGCCCCAUUGUCUCUGCGGGUGCUCUUGCGCGCAUGCAGACACUGAACGAAGACGAUUACUGCGACAACGUGCUGCUGGAGUGGAUGACGAUGCUGGCACUGCAGUCCCGGGCACAUCAGCUCGCUGGCACGAUUCGUCUGCGUCGUGUUGUGCCCAUGUUUGUGGGUCGCGCGUGGCACAACAGCCACAGCACAGCCGGUGACCGUACCGCUGCCAACGAGACUGCAGGUGACUCGCUGCAUGGCAUUCGCGAGCUGGCGAUGACCUUGCCAGAUGUUGUCAGCAAAGCGACAGCCACAGCCCUUGACCAGUACUUCACGCAAGUGCUGCACGUGCCGCCACCACAGCAGCACGCCACGGUACGAGCGGCUGUGCUGGCGCUGUUUGAUAUCGACGCCGUGGUUGAGUUUGGCGCUGCUGGUGGUGAUCGUGCACAGCAGCUGCGCGUGCACGCAGACACCAUUCGCACGGUCGUGGCGUCUGCACGGGAUACCGGCGUGCAGAGGGCACCACUGCAACAACAACAACAACAACAACAACAACAACAACAACAACAACAACAACAACAACAACAACAACAACAACAACAACAACAACAACAACAACAACAACAACCACAGUUUGACCCAGAGUUCAAGGCGUGGCUUGAAUCAAGCAAGCUGUAUUCACACGUCCACGCCACAUUCCUGCACCUUGGUGUGGUCAGCUUUGACCUGCUCGCCAUCCUCGUAGAGUCUGGUCAGGUGUCAUGCGAGUCCCUGCAUGCAGCCGGUAUUCGUCUGGCACCGGCGGCGCUGCUGAUGAAGCGGUUUCAGCAGUGGCAACAACAACAACAACAACAACAACAACAACAACAACAACAGCAGCAGCAGCAGCAGCAGCAGCAGCAGCAGCAGCAGCAGCAGCAGCGGUCGCUUGCUGCGCCAAAGUCGAAGAUGUGUGUGCUGCUGUAGAGAUCGAGACUUGCACAAUUGCGUGCGCAUGCGCUGUGUUUGGUUCUACACCCAAGCCGUUUGUCUGGUUCCAGAGCUCCUUUUUUUUUUGGGGGGGGGCAACCUAUUUAUCUUUAUUAAUGCAACUGUGUUGACGUGAAACACGCUCUUAUAUAAACAACGC